CCAAUACCAGUGUCCCCUUGUCCAGCCCAAGUCCAGGAAUUGGGCCAAAUGGCACCCCGAGCAACUCUGCGAACCGCUUGGAAUAUAUCAAGAACUGGACCAUUUCCACUUAUAAAUGUAGCCGUCAGUUAUUGCAAGAAAAGAUGGGCAAGACUUCUCGUACCGUGGAUACCGAAUUAGAGGGACAGAUUGAAGCCUUGCGGGACACCCAGAAGAAAUAUUCGAACAUUUUGAGAUUGGCCAGAGCCCUUACUAGUCAUUUUUAUCACGUUGUCCACACUCAAACAUCUUUGGGUGAGGCCUUCGGAAAUCUGGCCAAUCGCUCCCCAGAGUUGCAAGAAGAAUUCCUUUAUAACGCGGACACCCAACGGAAUCUAGUCAAAAACGGAGAGCAAUUGAUUGGAGCUUUAAAUUUCUUCGUGUCAUCCGUCAACACAUUGUGCCACAAGACUAUGGAAGACACCAUAGCCACUGUGAAGCAAUAUGAAAAUGCCAGGAUAGAGUAUGACGCUUAUCGUGGAGAUUUAGAGUUCUAUGCGAAUGCCCCCAAAACGGAAGUCAAUCAAGGGAAGCAACAGGACACUCAACAAAUCUUUGAGAGGCAAAAACUGGAAUUCGAGAGACUCCGAUCGGAUGUCCAGAUCAAAUUGAAAUUCUUGGAUGAGAAUCGGGUUAAGGUGAUGCAUAAGCAACUGAUGCUGUUCCAUAAUGCCGUGGCGGCAUAUUUUUCUGGCAACCAAAAAGCUUUGGAAUCUACAAUGAAGCAAUUUUCCAUUAACGUCAAGUCCCCAAACAGUACCAAACCGUCUUGGGUUGAAGAUCAUUGAUUUGAAACUAUUCCAAAGAAAUUAAAC